GCCAUGAGGAGAUGAAGUGCAGCAGGCAGAUGCUGUGAGAUGACAGCUAUGGGGUUUACAUCUGCUUCACCUCAGUACAGAAAAGAGUGAUCCAGACCCUCUGGACAGUGCUAGAUGCCAUUGAUCGGAUGUGGCUGCCAGUAGUGAAGACUUGGUGCCUCAAUGAGUGGCACUAUGUGGGUGUGACUGGUCUCAAUAACGCAGACACUGCUACAAAGCAGGAUGAGGCCCAGGUGAAGAUCUGGAGGCACCCCUAUGAUGUGCCAUCACCACCAAUGAAGCCCAACCAUCCUUUCUACAGGAACAUCAGUAAGGAUCUCAGGUAUGCAGACCUCACAAAAGAUCGGCUACACUCCUGUGAGAGUCUGAAGCACACUAUUGCCAGAGCUCUGCCAUUUCGGAAGGAAGAAAUAGUUCCCCAGAUAAAGGAGGGGAAACAGGUACAGAUUACGGCCCAUGGCAACAGGCUCCGGGGCACUGUCAAGCAUCUGGAGGGUCUCUCUGAAGAGGCUAUCAUGGAGCUGAACCUGCCGACUGGUAUUCCCAUUGCCUAUGAAUGGGACAAGAGCUUGAAGCCCAUCAGGCGCAUGCAAUUCCUGGGGGAUGGAGAGACCACGUGUAAAGCCAUGGACGCUGUGGCUGCCCAGGGCAAGGCCAAGAAGUGAAGGCCAGCAGGCAGGCUACGGUCCCCAGGAGCACCCUCCCUGCCUGUCACGUCCCUCUGCCCCUCCCUCCUGCACAUGUCACACUGACCACAUCUAUAGGCAUCUUGAGCUGUAGCUGCAGAUGGAGACCAGUGGCUCCCAUUUUCAUUUCAGCCAUUUUGUUUCCUGCAGCCACUCUCUUCACACAACCUAGUCAGAACAGCACUUCCAGGGCAUGGGUUCUCCAUCCAAGCUAUAGAAAAGCUCCCCUUGUCCAAGACAGUUUAAAGGUAGUGACCUGGGUAUUUGCAAGUGCUUUGUUUACUAAGGACUUGUGGGGAAAAACCAUGCUAAGCCAUGACCAGUGAAGCAAGACAGCCUGUCUGUCCCCAGGAGCCAGUUCUGUGCUCUUAGUAGUCAGGCCA